UGAUUUCAAGGAUCGGGGAAUCUGAGCCAGAAAUGAGACGGUCAAUCUCCGGGACAUUGAAAUGUGAUGUUUGGGUGGUGUUCGUGCCAAUGGUAACGUUAUCCUCGCUUAUAACAAACUCUCGAAGAGAUCUGAAGACCGAGCUCAAAUCCUCAACAUCCACCUCCAUCAGCAGUUUCUCCCCAAGCCUCUUCGCUCCAUCACUACUCAUCUUCCUCUUUCCGUUCAGACAACCACCCCGCUCUUUUGUCUUCUAGUCGACCGCAGUCAGACCGCUUGAUAUACCUUUCUUCGCGCAAUGGCACCACCGAUUUCAACGAUCCCCGUCUCCGAGUUGGAAGCGUCAAUCAACACUUUGCCGUCCGGCAAGCCACGGAAUCCAAAAGUCAAAUUGGGCGAUUGUGUGCUGAAGGAAUUGGUACAGUACAAAUGUCUUGUAGAGCAGCCGAAGGAGAAGGCGGUUGCAUCUGGCGUACUAUGUGAGCCGUUAGUUCACUUGCUGAGACGCUGUCCAGGAGGAUUAAAUAUUGAGACCACCGCGUGGGAAGGGUGGAAGGCGAAGCAGGAAGGUGAAGGGGUUGAGGGGUGAAAUGAGGUCGCCAGGGUGGAAAUGGCAUGGUGCAACGUCACGCAUGCAGUGCCUGUUUACACAACAAGUGAAGAGAUGCAGUCAAGAUAUGCAAUCGAUUGAUGACGAAAAGAUGUUAUGCUCGCCUCGGCCACACUAUGUGUCACCGCUGACUGCUCUGGC